CUUUUUCCUUCUUCACUUUCAUCUCCAAUUCUUCCUUCACUCAAGUUUGGCCAGACUCCUGUCUUGGCCUCCGACAUAUCGGAACUUUACAAGCUUUGGCGAGCUGCAGCUGACGCCGGCGGAGGACUACAUUACGCGGCAUUGCCCUCGAAUAGUACAGCUCUACGCCGUCUGACUCUUCUACAGAUCGUGUGGAGCUGUAGAAUUCGGUCGGUGCCCUGUAAUGUAGUCAUCCGCCGGCGUGAGCCGCAGUGGUUUGCCUGGAGGAGUACGAGGAGAUGGUCCACAGCGGCAACAUGUAUUUCGAUCUCAACAUGUGCCACGAUUCAAAGACUCACAUGA